AUGCCGAAACCUGGCCCAGCCUCCCGUUCAACGAUCACCAAUCUAAUGCGUCUAGCGCACAACCCCGCCUGUCCCUGCCAUGGAUGUGCUUCCGCUCGUUCCAACACUGCCUCCUUCGCCCGCGCCGGCCUUAACAUGAUUUCCAAGCACAAUUCUCAACCCGGCGCUACCUCCCGCGGUUACGCUACUCCCGUCGACCAUCUCGUCGAGAAAGAGUACGCCUUUGAACUAGCCGCUUCCAACGUACGUUUCGGCGAAGGAGUAACCAAAGAAGUCGGAAUGGAUUUCGCCAAUAUGAAAGCACGCAAAGUUGGCGUCUUCACCGAUGCCACCGUGCGCAACCUAACUGCUAUGAAGCAGUCCAUUGCUGGACUAGAAGCUGCUGGAAUCAAAUACGAGAUCUUUGAUAGAGUCAGGGUGGAGCCUAAUGAGAAGUCUUGGCAAGACGCGAUUGGCUUUGCUAGGAAGAAUGAUUUCUCUCACUUCUUGGCGGUGGGAGGGGGGAGUGUUAUGGAUACCUGUAAGGUGGCCAACCUUUUUACGUGUUAUCCCGAGGCGGAUCUGCUGGAGUUUGUAAAUGCGCCGAUUGGAAGGGGUACUCCGAUCGAUAAGGUGCUUAGGCCGUUGCUCUGUGUGCCGACAACGGCGGGGACGGGCAGCGAGACGACGGGAACGGCGAUUUUUGACCAUACUGCGACCGAGAGUAAGACGGGGAUCGCGAGCAGGGCUCUAAGGCCGUUGUUGGGCAUCGUGGAUCCCUUGAACACGGAAACUUGUCCAACGGCGGUUCACGUUAGUGCGGGAUUGGAUGUGCUUUUCCACGCCUUGGAGUCGUACACGGCGAUUCCAUAUACAGAGAGGAUGCCGCGCCCUGCCAACCCGAUCCAGAGGCCUGCAUACCAGGGUAGGAACCCGAUUAGCGAUGUUUUCUCACUCUGGGCGCUCAAGCAGACUGUCAAGUAUCUCCCCAGGGUCGCGAAAGACCGCACGGAUGCCGAAGCUCGAGGCCAAAUGCUUCUCGCAGCCACCUUCGCAGGCAUCGGCUUCGGCAACGCAGGUGUCCAUCUUUGCCAUGGUAUGUCCUACCCCAUUUCCGGCCUGAACAAGAAGUUCGGUAAAUACCAACACCCGGGCUACCAAGUCAACCAUCCUAUCAUACCCCACGGCGUCUCGGUUGCGCUGACUGGACCAGCUGUGUUCGAGUUCACCGCUCCCAGUGCGCCGGAGAGGCACAGAGAGGUUGCGGCGAUCUUCGAAGGUGAGAGGAGUAGUGGGGAUAUUGAAAGGUUGCCGGAUGCCGAGGUUGGUGGCUUGGUGUAUGAUAGAAUUGCCAAGUUUUUGGCUGAUUUGCAUGUACCCAGGGGUUUGGAGAAGGUGGGGUAUGAGAAGCAACAUGUGGAGGCUUUGGUAAAGGGUACCAUUCCCCAGAGGAGGGUGUUAGAUUUGGCUCCGGGCAUCGGUGAUGUCAAGGGUGCGGACGGGCAUGAGCAUCUCAGUAGGAUUCUGGAGAAGAGUCUGUCGUACUAA